AUGACGGGCCGACAGGCCAUUGAGGAGUCUCUGGCCAUUGUCUCGGAUGACGAAGCGACCCAAUCGAAGAACAUUCUGCCAUCGGUAACGCAGCAGCUCACUCAGUCUGGCAAUGUGCUGGGGCCAUGCCUCAAGGACCCGCGCAUGGAGGCACAGGAUGAUCUCGUUCUCAAGGUGCUGCAGCUGGCGCUGCGAUGCACUGCCAAGCGCUCUGCCACUCGGCCCAGCAUGGGGGCGAUAGCAGCAGAGCUGGAGGGGGUUUUGGCGGAACUGAUUGGGUCAAAGAGGAAUGCAGCGGUCGAGGAGCGGCCCCGUCGCGCCCCGCCGCGCCCUACCGGUUCCCCCGCGCCUGGUGGGCCCGCGUUGCUGCUGCCCGCGCCUGCCGCGCCCGCGCUCGGCGCGCCUGCCGCCGUUGCGCCUGCCGCGCCCGCAUCGCCGCCGUCCGCACCUGCCACCUCCGCGCCCCGCGCCUGCCACGGCCGCGCCGCGCCUGCCGCGCGCCAGCUUCGCGCCUAUCCCGCGCCGCCGCCGCGCCUGCUUCCGUGCCUUUUGUCGCGCCUGCCGCCGCUCUCUCGACGCCGCCGCGGCCGCCCUUCUGCGGCCGUGUCCCUACGCCACGUGCUGUACCGCCCAAUGUAUCCUCCUCCACCUGUGGCUGUCCCCUCCUAUCCGCUGCAGUGCCCCUACUCACUCCUGUCAUGGCGUCUGAGUUUGUGCUGCGGCUCGAUGUGA